AUGGAUGCCCCUCGAACCUCUGAAAAACAGGACAGUCCGCCUGGCCUAAAAGAUGUCGAAGCUUCGACUGGCGAAGCAACCCCCAUCGGAGUAGCCAGACAACUCAAAUCUCGUCAUAUUCAGUUCAUCGCCCUCGGUGGCACCAUCGGCACCGGUCUCUUCCUCGGCAUCGGUAGUGCCCUCACACGCGCCGGCCCCUUGUCCAUCUUCCUUGGAUACUCCAUCACUGGUGUCGCGAUAUGGAUGCUCAUGCAAGUGCUUGCCGAGAUGGCUGUCUGGAUUUCUCUGCCUGGCGCCAUUCCUCAGUUCUGUGCACGCUUUGUUGAUCCAGCGCUGGGUUUUGCCGUUGGUUGGAACAACUGGUAUUUCUGUGCCAUCGCUGUCCCCGUCGAAAUUUCCGCCGCUGCCAUUCUCGUCAGUUACUGGACUGAAGCCGUCAAUGUUGCCGUUUGGAUCUCGAUCUUUAUAAUCCUCAUCGUCGCCCUCAACGUAUUCGGUGUCGGGGUAUAUGGAGAAGCCGAGUUUAUCUUUGCCUCUGUCAAGAUAAUCGCAAUGGUCGGCCUCCUCAUCCUGGCCUUCAUCUUGGAUCUGGGUGGCGGUCCCCGUGGCGACCGUCUGGGGUUCACGUACUGGAACAAUCCUGGAGCCAUGAGGGAAUCCAUGACUACAGGAGACACCGGGCGCUUCCUGGGCUUCUUCUCGGUUCUUGUCAAUGCCGCUUUCUCUUAUGCUGGUGUCGAGAUUGUUGCCGUCGCUUCCGGGGAAUCCCAAAAUCCCAAGCGCAACCUCCCCAAGGCGGCUCGACGUAUCUUCUGGCGAAUCCUCUUUUUCUAUUCUUUGGGUUCCCUAGCCAUUGGUGUUCUUGUUCCCUACAAUGAUCCAGACCUGCUCUCCCAGCAAGUUGCUGGAGUUCACACAGCUGCCGCAUCGCCGUGGGUCAUUGCCAUUAAGCGAGCCGGUAUACCCGUCCUGCCAUCGAUCAUCAACGCUGUCAUCCUCUCGUCGGCUUUAUCCUCUGGAAACGCAUUCCUCUACACGGGAUCACGAUACCUCCUCGCUCUCGCAUCCAAUGGACAUGCGCCCAAGUUCCUGCUCAAGACCACCAACUCGGGAAACCCCAUCUACUGUGUCGCUGCUACGGCCAUCUUCAGCCUCCUCACAUUCCUUUCCGUCUCGAGCGGCCCCAACCAGAUCUUUCUCUGGUUUCAAAGCCUCACUACAAUGUGCACACUUAUCACUUGGUCCUCCAUUUGUGUGGCUUAUCUGCAUUUCCAUGGCGCUUUGAAGGCAAACAACAUCUCUCGCAAGACUCUUGUCCACCGAGCCCCGUUCCAACCCUACGGGGCCAUUAUCGCCUUGGUCUUUUUCCUUAUCAUCAUUUUCUUCAAUGGUUUUGCAAUGUUCUUUCCCGGAAGCUGGAAUGUAUACAACUUUGUUACGGCGUACAUCGGAAUCCCCAUUUUUGUCGUGCUCUUUAUCGGAUGGAAGGCUGUCCGUCGCACUAAAUGGCUCUCGCCGCAAGAGCGGGACCUCUUUACCGGAAAGGCGGAGAUUGAUGCUCUGGACGAGAUCUGGGAGGAUGACAAGCCCAAGAACAUUUGGCAGAAGAUCUGGAAUUGGAUUGCAUAG